AAACAAGAAAAAACUAGUUCUUGUCCCGUUGAAGCACAACUAGAAUUCUCUCGGUCUCUCUAGAUCUAAAGCUUGUCCGCAUUGCAGUUUUGCUACAUAGUUGUAAAGCUAUGGUUACUAUCCGGAGCGCUUCAGUGUUUAUUCUAGUUCUGCUUGCUGUAUCGUGCUUGGCUUUGGUUGCUAAUGGGGAAGACAAAACGAUUAAAGUGAAGAAAAUGAAGGGAAAGAAGGUGUGCACCCAAGGAUGGGAAUGUGUCUGGUGGUCUGAAUACUGCUGUAACGAGACAAUCUCAGAUUACUUUCAGGUGUAUCAGUUUGAGCAGCUCUUUGCCAAAAGAAACACUCCUGUGGCUCAUGCUGUUGGUUUCUGGGACUACCAGUCUUUCAUUACCGCUGCUGCUCUCUAUGAGCCUCUUGGGUUUGGUACCACUGGUGGAAAGCUUAUGGGACAGAAAGAAAUGGCUGCGUUCCUCGGUCAUGUCGCCAGCAAAACGUCCUGUGGCUACGGAGUUGCAACAGGAGGGCCUUUAGCUUGGGGUCUGUGCUACAACAGGGAGAUGAGCCCAAGCCAAUCUUACUGUGAUGAGUCCUGGAAGUUCAAGUACCCUUGCAGCCCUGGAGCUGAAUACUACGGACGUGGUGCUUUACCCAUUUACUGGAACUUCAACUACGGUGCAGCUGGAGAAGCCCUAAAAGUUGAUCUGUUGAACCACCCCGAGUACAUCGAGCAGAACGCCACGCUUGCCUUCCAAGCAGCAAUCUGGAGAUGGAUGACACCAAUCAAGAAAGCUCAGCCUUCAGCUCACGAUAUCUUUGUUGGAAACUGGAAACCAACGAAAAAUGAUACUUUGUCCAAACGUGGCCCCACUUUUGGUACCACCAUGAACGUCUUGUACGGAGAGUACACAUGUGGUCAAGGUGACAUUGAGCCAAUGAAUAACAUAGUCUCUCACUACUUAUACUUUCUUGACCUCUUGGGUAUUGGAAGAGAAGACGCAGGGCCAAAUGAGGAGCUCAGCUGCGCUGAGCAGAAAGCAUUCAACCCUUCCACUGCACCUUCCUCUUCCUCCUCGUAAGUCUUCCGUUGUUCUCAAGUCUCUUGCUUUCAACUCGACAAGUGUUUAUGUAAUAAGUGAAAUGAAAUUGCUUGUGUGUUGCUUCUUUUUGUCUAGGGCUUGGUCCCUGUAGAACUUAUAUUUUCCUGUAUGUAACUAAUACCUUAUUCAAUUAUGAUAUUUGCCGAAUGUGUGUAAAAAAAUAGAGAAAGCAAUGAGACAUUAAUGUGGGUUUGCUAAUGAUGUUUCAGUUCGUUUAUUAUAUAAAGUUUGUUGUCGA